AUGCUUUUUGAGCUUGGUACUCAAUGUGUUGAAGAUUGUCCUUCUAAUUAUAUGCCUGUUGUUAAUAAUGGAAUUAUGAGAUGUCUUUCUUGUGAUGGCCCUUGUCCUCAAGAAUGUACUGGUGGUGUGUUUGAUUAUAAUGAUCCUGGAAAACUGACUGGAUGUACUGUCAUUACUACUGAACUGAGGAUUUCAAGCGUACCUCCAAAUGUUAAUCUAUCAAUAUUGAAUGAUCUCAAUGGCAUUAGAGAGAUACGUGGCUCACUGGAUAUUAGUGGCUUCAAUAAGAAUACUUUUCCAUACUUAUCUAACUUGAAAACUGUUGGUAAUGAUUCCACUCAAGUUUUAUCACAGUCAUGCAAUGGAUCAAGUGACUCAACUAAGUUUUCUGUUAUAAUAGCUGAUACUGAUUUGAUCAGCAUUGAUCUUUCAUCCCUUGAAACUGUCAUCAAUGGUGGUAUACGAUUACAGAAUAAUCCUUCUUUAUGUUACCUUGGGAAUUUGAGCUACUACCUGGCCAAUGCAUCAUCAUCAUCUUGUGUGUUGGAUAAUCACAGAAGAAGAAUUGAUGAAUGUGUUGAAAUGAGCAUGACAUGUCAUCCUCAAUGUUCAUCUGCUUCUGGUUGGUGCUGGGGACCUAAUGAUACUCAAUGUGUGACUUGUACAAACUUCAUUUUUAAUGGACAGUGUGUGCCAGAUUGUCAUGACUUUGAUACAUAUGGAAUUCACUUAUUUAAUCAUAAUGCUAACAAUACUUGCUUACCUUGUCACUCAUUUUGUAAUGGCUCAUGUGUUGGAGAGGGUCCUGCCAACUGUAGUAGCUGCAAUACUUAUUUCUUUGUCAAUGUAAGUAUUGGAGUAGGUAAACUGUGUCUGGAGUCAUGUGUGGGUGACACUUAUUUGCCUGAUGAUUGCACAAGCGGUGAAUGCCUGCCUUGUUUUGAUGGUUGUACUCUUAGUAAUGGCUGUGCUGGCCCAGGAAAGACAUUCAAUAACAGUAAUGGCUGUAUUGCAUGUGAUACCAUUUUACUUGAUAGAAACGGAGAACAAAUUGAGUGUCAGAGGGAUGUAACCUGCCCUUCUGGCUAUUAUCGUGAAAUUCUGUCAGAGGAUCGUGGUAUUUUUUUUACUGGUACUGUUUUGUGUCAUUCCUGUCAUGAGCUUUGUGCAACGUGCAGUGGGCCUUCAGUUAGUGAUUGUGUUUUAUGCUCAUAUAUCAGAGGCACUAAUGGCUCGUGUGUUUAUAUGUGUGACCCAAUUAGAGAAACUGUUCCAAUGAAUGGUAGUUCACAGUGUAUUCUAGUUACUGGAACAAUGGGUACCCUUGAUCCUACAGGUGCUAUUGUAUCUAUUGAAGCUGUGAUUGGGUCAAUAUUUGGAGGGCUGACAUUAAUCACUCUAACAGUUUUAGUCAUUCUAAUCUUAGUCCUUUUUUUAUUGAGAAAAAAUAGAAAGUCUAUUUAUAUUGCUGAGCUAGAAUUAUGUAAUGAGAAACGCCAAUCUAAAGUACCUCCAGAUGCAACAAAAUUGAUAUUAAUACCAGAAACUGAAUUAGAGUUUAAGAAGGAGUUAGGUUCUGGAGCAUUUGGUACAGUAUAUGAGGGUUACUGGAAACCAGACAAUGAUGAAGCUGAGUAUCAUGUUGCCAUCAAAAUACUUAAAAAUACAUCAGCUGAUGCUAGUAAAGAACUACUACAAGAAGGUGUUGUUAUGGCUACU